UUAAACAGUAGGUUGGAUUUGACUUUUAUUCCUGUUUGUAAAUAAAUUGUUCAAGUAGUGUUCACUAUCAGUUCGAUCCAGUUCAACCGGCUCUUCUCCAUUUGGCAACUAAAUUCACUGCAUUGUUUUCUAUUUAUUUUUGGCUUUAUUUAAUGUGCCGUUGCUGAUUUAACAAUAUAACAUUGGCGUCAUUGAAAUUUCGUGAGGAUUUUUUUAAAAAUUUUCAUAUCGCUGGAGUUUUCAGACUUUGUAGCAACAAGUUGAUUAGAGGAUGUGAAAUUAGCCCGUAACAUUCAUAAAUUGUUACAAUGUAUUUAUUGGUUCCUGUUAUCGUUGUAUCAACAGCCAACUUUUCAGAUCGAUAGCUCAAGAGCUAUUAUGACCAACGUGUCAUUUAUUUGAUCGGUGUUUUCUCAAAUGAUCGACAACACUAUUGAAAAUGGCUUCGAAAAGGAAACAUACGGACAAGCCGAACGACCCGUUUUAUUUAGAAAUCCGUCCGCUCCUCGUUGUUCUCAGAGCGUUCGCGAGACUUGCCUUCGGCAUCAAAGACGGCAGACUUGUGAGCUUUCCUCGUUCUUGUGUUUCCUUGAUUUGGUUUGUCCUGUACGGCGCACACUUCUAUUUGGCAGUGGACGUGUUCCUCAUAGCGUUCCGGCGGCUAAAAACUGAGACGAGUUUCUUUUUGACUAUUAUAAUGAUGAUCAGCUUGAUCCUUACAUCAGUCCACUUUUAUUUGCCUUUGUCGGUCGUCUUAGAAUCUGGAAAAAUAUGCUCUUAUGUCAACAGCUGGGCUGAUUUUCAGGAUCUUUUUUUUCUAGUCACUGGGACUAGAUUCCGCCCGAAAUACAGAAAACUGCUGAACGUUUGCCUCUUCCUGACUCCUCUGCAUCAAAUCGGGGUUUUGUGGUUGCAACAAAAAAUACAAUAUUUUGAACAAUGGUACCACAUGAGCCUAUUUUUUUCCAUUCUUUUGAUCGCCAAUAUGAACCUCUUAUUUUGGAUUAUAUCGUUCCUUGAGAUGGCCCACGCGGCGAACCUUAUCAAAGAAAUAAUAGAGAAGUUUCAGUACAAUUUCCAAAGUAAGUCCGUCGCGAAGUUGACCGUACUCUGGAUAUCGCUGGUCAAACUGAUCGGACGGUUGAGCGAUUCUAUGUACAUCACGAUGCUCGUAUUUAUUACCGUCGUUCACUCUUGCGGGGUGACUUCAGCCUAUGCAGUCAUUUCAUCCAUAAAUUCAGGUUCUGUCGAGGACGUUUUCAUUUUUCUCAUGCUUCUGUUGCUCUCGUGCGUCUUGAUCCUUGCUGUCAUCGAACCGGUGCACUUGACAAAAAUAAAGGUACACGAUGAGAUUUACCGAGAAAUCAUCAAGAUCGACACUAAAAAGAUUGAUCCAACGAUAUCGAAAGAGUUUGAAAGAUUUGGUGAAGUCGUUCAAAAAAUGAAUCUUAAAGUGACCCUUGGUGGAUUUAUCACCAUUCACAGGAAUUUGAUGACAUCGAUGAUUGGAACAGCGGUGACACACCUGGUCGUUUUAGUACAAUUUAGCACUCGUCAAGAGAAUAGCAGUAGUUAAAUAUCUGUAGUUUGAGAUCCUGGUCCGCCUGUCCACGCUGGUUUCAUUCGGGUGGUCUGUCCUUUUUAUACGUCCUUCGCCCUUUUAAUAAGCACUAGGCACUCAGUACUUCGGUAUGAUAAUUUUAGUUCAUUACGCUUCAUGCUCGCAGACGUUGCGUUACAGGCUCGACGCGUUAGCCUUCACACCCUUAUAGCAGUGUACAGUGGCCGGUUAGAAUUCUCUAAUCACAAAUCAGGAUUCAAGAGAAGACAUAAUUGAACACUAACUUAACAAACAUAAAUAGGACACGAAGGACAAGAUAACGCACAGACAAACCACUGAAGAUGGAGAAAUGCUGAUGAGCUGUGUGAUCAUCGCCCACAGAUAUUAACAUUUCGUUAAAUUGUAUAAAUGUACUUACAAAUAAAACCUGGGAUCAGAAUUAUUGUAUUUAGAGAAUAUUUUAAAGAUUUGUAUAAGAGAUAAGACAAUUUAUGUUUAGAUUUUUUAAAUUAUUCAUUUCGUAAUGUUGUUUCACCCACUGUUGUAAUAGUUCUGGCAAAAAUAAAAUAUUGCUUUAUUUUAACAAUGAAAAGUAAUAACCCAAUACAGAACCUGUCUGUUCGAGUUUUUAUCAGUUCUACAAUAUUUAUGUCAGUGGGAAAACAGGAACAUUCCUGUCUGACUUUAAAUUAUUUAUAUUUCUAAGGAGUAUUUUAUCCAUUGCCUUGAAAUAUGCAGCAUAAUGUACUCGAUCUCUAC